GGGAAUGCUAAGCUAGGACUGGCUGCUUGGAGUGGAGCUGAGGGAGAGACAUUCUGGGGCAGAAGCCGAGGGUAGGCGUCCUUUGAUAGCAUUUUACAUACAAGUCCGGUUAGCAGAUUUAUGGCAGUGAUUAUUGCCACUGUAAACUAGGUACCUGAUACUUUGUGCUGCUUGAUAAAUGAAAAGCUCUAACACAAGCGAUAGGCAAAGAUUUUUGCAGGGUUGAGCAGUUUGAGGAUGGACAGAAUAUUCAUUCCCAGAUAUGACAGCUUGGAAAGAUUUCAAGUUAUGCUUGUAGCAAAAAUGCAGUAAUAAAAGUGCAAGUUCUGAAGGCUAGACACACUAAAACUGUUUCAGAUCAAAACGGAAAUUUGCUUCACCCCUUUGUGAUUGAAAAAUAUUAAAGCAACCAUGUAUGGAAGUGCAAGAACAAUAAGCAAUUUGGAAGGCAGCCCUGCCAGAUCUCCACGUUUACCAAGAUCUCCUCGUUUGGGGCAUAGGAGAAUAAACAGUGGAGGGGGCACUGGGGCAGGUAAGACAUUGUCAAUGGAGAACAUUCAGUCCUUAAAUGCAGCUUAUGCUACGUCAGGACCUAUGUAUCUAAGUGACCAUGAAGGGGUUGCAUCUACUACUUAUCCCAAAGGUACCAUGACUCUAGGAAGAGCUACAAAUCGUGCUGUGUAUGGUGGUAGAGUCACAGCUAUGGGAAGCAGCCCAAAUAUUGCUUCAGCAGGGCUUACACAUACAGAUGUUCUUUCUUACACUGAUCAACAUGGCAGCCUCACAACCUCUUCUCAUCACCAUCCUGUUCCAUCAGCGUUAAGACAAGUAAGGGAUACUGCAAUGCUUGACCUACAAGCACAACUGAAGGAUCUACAAAGGGAGAAUGAACUUCUGAGAAAGGAACUUGAUAUUAAAGACAGUAAGCUUGGAACAUCAAUGAACAGCAUUAAAACUUUCUGGAGUCCUGAGCUGAAGAAGGAGAGAGUUUUGAGAAAAGAAGAAGCUGCCAGAAUGUCUGUUAUUAAGGAACAGAUGAGAAUGUCUCAUGAUGAAAAUCAGCAUCUGCAAAUGACAAUCCAGGCUUUACAAGAUGAGCUUAGAACCCAAAGGGAUCUUAAUCAGCUUCUUCAGCAAGAAAGUGGAAACAGAAGUGCUGAACAUUUUACCAUUGAACUUACAGAAGAAAAUUUCCGUAGGCUUCAGGCAGAGCAUGACAGACAAGCUAAGGAGCUUUUCCUUUUAAGAAAAACAUUAGAAGAAAUGGAGCUACGAAUUGAAACUCAGAAGCAAACAUUAAAUGCAAGGGAUGAGUCCAUUAAAAAGCUACUAGAAAUGCUACAGAGCAAAGGUUUGCCAUCAAAAUCUAUGGAGGAUGAUAAUGAAAAAACUCGCAGGAUGGCAGAGGCUGAAGCUCAGGUCAGUCAUCUGGAGGUCAUUUUGGAGCAGAAGGAAAAGGAAAACCUUCAUCUCAGAGAGGAACUACACAGAAGAACCCAACUCCAGGCAGAACCCGCAAAGACGAAGGCUCUUCAGACUGUCAUUGAGAUGAAGGAUACCAAAAUUGCUUCUCUUGAGAGAAAUAUGAGGGACCUUGAAGAUGAAGUGCAGAUGUUAAAGACAAACGGGGUACUAAAUACAGAAGACAGAGAGGAAGAGUUAAAACAAAUGGAGGUGUACAAAAGUCAUUCCAAGUUCAUGAAAAGCAAGGUAGAUCAAUUAAAGCAGGAGCUGUCAAAGAAAGAAUCAGAACUUCUUGCCUUACAAACCAAGCUUGAAACGCUAACAAAUCAAAAUUCCGAUUGUAAACAGCAUAUAGAAGUACUGAAAGAGUCCUUAACCGCCAAAGAACAGAGAGCAGCCAUCCUACAGACGGAGGUUGAUGCACUACGGUUACGACUGGAAGAGAAAGAAACAUUUCUUAACAAAAAAACAAAGCAACUACAGGAUCUCACAGAAGAAAAGGGGACACUUGCUGGAGAGAUUCGUGAUAUGAAAGAUAUGUUGGAAGUAAAAGAAAGGAAAAUUAAUGUUCUCCAGAAAAAGAUUGAAAACCUUCAAGAACAACUUAGAGACAAGGAUAAACAGCUUAGUAACCUAAAAGACAGAGUGAAAUCACUUCAGACAGAUUCUAGCAACACAGAUACUGCCUUAGCAACAUUAGAAGAAGCACUUUCAGAAAAGGAAAGAAUCAUUGAGCGCCUAAAGGAGCAGAGGGAGCGAGAUGAUCGAGAAAGGGGGGAAGAAGUUGAGACGUAUAAAAAAGAAAACAAGGAGCUCAAGGAGAAGGUUAACACAUUACAGGCUGAGCUGACCGAGAAAGAGUCCGGGCUACUAGACCUAAAAGAACACGCAUCAUCAUUGGCAUCAGCUGGCUUGAAAAAAGAUUCAAAAUUAAAAUCACUAGAGAUAGCCAUAGAGCAGAAGAAGGAAGAAUGUAGUAAGUUGGAAGCACAACUCAAAAAGGCUCAUGAAGCAGAGGAGGAUGCAAGGAUGAACCCCGAAGUUGUAGAGAGACUGAGACAGUUUGAGCGGGAUGCAGCAUACUAUAGGGAAGAGUGUGGCAAAGCUCAGGCUGAAGUCGACAGACUUCUAGAAAUCCUUAAGGAAGUUGAAAAUGAAAAGAAUGAUAAAGACAAGAAAAUUGCAGAACUCGAAAGCUUGGCUUCCAGACAAUUGAAGGAUCAGAAUAAGAAAGUGUCAAACAUAAAGCACAAUCAGCAGAUAGACAAAAAGAAAAAUACCCAGAUACUAGAGGAUAAUCGCCGACGUGAAGACAUCAUGAUGGACAACUCUCACCACAUGCAGCUAGAAGAUAUGAUCACUACACUAGAAAAGACCAGACAAGAGCUGGAGUCCACUAAAGCACGCUUGUCAUCUACACAGCAGUCGUUGGCUGAGAAAGAUGCGCAUCUGUCCACUUUAAGGAUGGAGAGGAGGAAACAGCUUGAGGAAAUACUGGAGAUGAAGCAAGAAGCUCUACUCGCUGCUAUCAGUGAAAAGGAUGCAAAUAUUGCCUUACUAGAACUGUCUGCCUCAAAAAAGAAAAAGACACAGGAAGAAGUAAUGGCUCUCAGAAGGGAAAAAGACAGGCUAGUACAUCAGUUGAAACAACAAACACAAAACAGAAUGAAGUUGAUGGCAGAUAGUUAUGACGACGAUCAUCACCGUCACCACCAUCAUCACCACCAUCACCGCCAUCGAUCACCGGGAAGAGGACAACAUUCCAAUCACCGACCUUCUCCGGAUCAGGAUGAUGAGGAGGGAAUAUGGGCAUAACGUUUCUCAUGAAACCAAGUUCCAGUCCAAUGAAAGGGAUUAUCCACUCACUGUUGGAGGCACACAACAAUCCUAACGAGCUUUUACCCUGCAUUGAUUAACUGUCCAACCUUGGCCUAGAAUGACAUUCCAAACUCUAAAAAUGGUUUCCUGUUUUACCAGUUCACUGGGAAAUGGAGGACAACUGGGCGAGUAAAAUAACGGUUUGACACCAGAGCAGUUAUCUGAAGAGCAAGAGCAGGCAUAUGGAACAUGAUGUUGAAAUAAUUCACUGGACAUCUCUCAAGAAAUAUCACAACUUAUUAGCUGGAUGCUCUCAAAAUGUCUACAACCUGUAGAGGUUAAGCCAAGCCAUAAGUUUAUUAACAGAUGGGACAUUAAAUAAGUCCACAAUCCUUUUUAUUACAGUACAACACGCAGGUGCUAGCCUGGGGGACACUACUGGGUCUGAAAAGAUGUUCUUUGUGUGCGGGCAACUCAUGUUUAUAAUACAAUGCUGUUAGUAAUGUGUACUGAUAUAAGUACAUCUGAGUAGAGUAUGGGGCUUUACUGUUGUACUUAUAAGUAGAUUUUUUUUUGAAUGAAGCUAUUUGACAUGUUCUGUGGUUUCUCCUCUGGUAAAGGAAAUCAUUAUUAGGUAACAAAAAUACUGCAAGAAGCUUUGGACUGACUAUUGAGCUGUGAGAUUUAAGUACUUAUACAUCACUUUUCCAGGUUCCCUUCUUACUGCCAUUAAAUAUGAGAAUGUUUACUUCUUGUUCUUUAAUUCUGCAUUCAGGCUAAAUGUCUUGAUUGCUGAUGAUACUUCUGUUCCUAUAUCUGUCUAUGUGCCCAUCUAUCUAUCUAUCUAUACACACAUACAAGUAUAUAUAUAGAAACAGAUUGAUAGAUUGUCAAAAAUCUAUGAAAAUUUCUAGGCCAGAUUUGAACUCAGUUUUAAUUUAGAUGUCUGUGUACUACUGCAAGGUAAAUUAUAUAUAAUAAUACUCUGAAAUGUUUAGUACAUUAUUCUGAUGUAAGAUGUGUGUGCCUCCAACAAUGACUAGUGCAUCUAACUAGAUUUAAUGCAAUGUAAAGAAAACAAAGUGUUAAAUAUGUAUUGUACAUCUAUGAAAUAUAUAUAAGAAAGCAAUUGAACUGUGGAUACUGUGUGUAAACCACAUGCCAGAUAUCAAAAUGCCUUUUUUCUUACUUUUGUAAAACAAAAGUGGGAAAACCAGCUGUUAAGUGUUACUCUGUAAGAAAAAGAUAUUGAAACUUCCUAAGUUUAAAUAUAUGAUCUGACAGCACUGUACAUAUAUAACAUAGCAUUUUGGAAGUGUCUAUUUGCAUUGUGAUACAUACUUCCAUGAAACGUAAGUGGGAGUGCAUCAAAAAGCAUUAUAAAGGACAUCCUAAGUAAAAGAGUCAUGAAUAAUUGAUUUUUUUUUUAUUUAUCACAUCUAUGUGUCAAAAUGGAUUAUCUAAAGCCUUAAUACUUAUCAUUACAUUUUUAAAUAAUUCAGGUUAGGGUUAUGUAAAGAGCAUAUUUUUGAAGUUGUUCUAAGACUUAACUGUAGCAUCAGUCAGCUUAGAUUUUUCACCUGCUUGGUAUGUUUGAGAUGUCUUAUAGCAGUUAAUCCAUCUGACAUCAUGACCAGAUCUGAAGAUCACUGGCUUACUUGCACUUAGAUGGAUUCGCUCUGGAAUGUAUGUCAAUAUUUUGCAGUAUGAUUUUGUUUCUGUUGAAAUGCAGAUUUGGUCUGAUAUGACUAGGUUACUUUGGAGUCCUUUAAUAAUGAAAUGAUACCACAGAGCUUCGCUUUGAGAUGUGGCAAAGUUCUUGGUUUUUUGACUUAGCACAUAUGACAAAUAUUGCACUUGCAAACAUGGACAGCAAAAAAAAAAGCAGUUUUGUGUAACAUUUUUUCUUGUCACACAUAAGGAUCAUUACCUUAACAAUGCAUCUGAAUACUUGAAGUAGGAUAUUCCUACCAUGAAGAAACUUAUAUAGUUAAGUAAGAAAGUGAGUACUCAUAGGACACAAUGUGUUUAUUUAGGCAAUUUAUAUGUAAUGUGCCAAUUUUGAAAAAAGACUUCAUUUUCAAGUAUUUUGCUCCACUUGUGUUGGUGGGCAUGUGAAUUUUAAAACUUAUCAGGGUCAAAACACCUUCCCUCUGGAAAAAAAGUGGUUUGUUUUAACAAUGUUGCAGACCUGUCCAUUUGUCUCAUUUUUGUGUGACAUUUUGAAAUAUUUCAUUUCGUAUUUUGAAAUAAAAUAAAAUAAAAAACAUAAUGGCUCUGGGUUCAAAUAAACACUGUGAAAAUGAAGGGUUAUUUUAUUUAUACUUUGUUUCAUAAUUGUCUUCAUAAUGAAAUACUAGUUAUCAAAUUACAAUCUUGGCUAUAUUAAAUAAAUAAGACCUAUGAUUUGAAAGUAAGGUUGUAUUAUGCGCCAUAAUCUUAAACUUUACUGUACAGUUCUACUUUUCUAUUUAAUGCAUUUUGUGAAUCCAGAAUACACAUAGUUGAAAAUCAACUUACUUUGGAAACUGGGUUUAUGAUUUCUUUUGAAACAGUGUUUAUGAGAUGACCAUAAUGAACUUGAUAUGAAAUAAGUCUGCAAUGUUUUGUGUAGAGUGGUGUUUGAAUGUGAUGUGCUACAAAAGCAGGUCAGUAUUUCCUAUUAAUAUCCCCAUUUGCCCCUCAUCCUUGGAUUGUGCUUCUUGUGAUAAAUUCCUCAAAUGUGUGGCAUGUAAUGGAUUGUGUUAUUGAUAUGUGGUUAAAGGAUAUUGUCAAGAAACUAAGCAAUCCUCAAAAAUACCAGUGGGCAUGAAUUCUUGUCUAAUGUCUAGCCAAUGUAUAAAGUGAAAGAUAUAUCACUUUCUUUACAUUGUUAUUAUCUGUAAAAUAAAAAAAAAUGUUGAACAGCUUGUUUAUAUUACCAGAAUAAAGGUUAUCAACUUUC